UCGAAAACAGUGAGAAUACAAACGCUAACAAUGGAUAAUCUCAAGGAAUUACUUAAACCAAAAACGUUUAACACAGUUAGCCAUGCCGCAGUUGUUAUUUGGAUCCUGAUCGGUGUAAUCUUCCUUGGCAUUUUUGCAGACGCAGAAAACAGCGAAUCCAGGUAUGAUUUCCGCUGUGGCGGGGCGAAGAGUGAAAACAUCGACCUUGUCCGUGGAAGAUGUUUCGAGUUAUACGAGAAGCAGUAUAACAAACACGAUGUUCCUAUCUAUGCCUUCGUGAUCAUGAAUUUCUUCCUCAUCGGAACUGUCUGUGCUAUUUACUCCCAAAUAGCGAGCCCUACAGUCGAUCAACUGUCGCCAAGCGCUCGUAACGGUGAUCUCGAGGGGCAGUUGCGCGACCAAAGAAACGCACUUUCUAGUAAAAAGCUGUUUAUCGCUUACUGCUGUCAACUUUUCGCAAGGAUUGUUUUAGGAGUUCUCUUCAUGGUUCUACAAAAACAGUUUCUCUAUCCUCUGGACUUCCCCCCCAACUUCCCUUGUUAUCUAACCUCUGGAGGGAGUCAGCCAAGGAAUUCUACUGGCGUCUGGCACGAGUGUCAUAAUCAACGAGCAACUAAGAAAAACUCCUGGAUGCGCGCUGUUCUUGUCGUGAACGGAAUUUUUCUCUUUGGCAUUCUGUUAGAAACCGUCUAUAUUUUGCUACGAGCGUGGAAAGAGGAUAGUUUCAUGAAAAAUUCCAAGUUUCUAGAGGCUCACCUGAAUCCCUCCCAUGCCAGCUCGCAAAAUGCUACCACAUCGAUUGUGUUGAGACCUGAACCUCCGCAGCAAGAAGAAAGAACAGAGCAAGAAACGAACGUCCCACAAGAACAACACCAGGAAGAGGAAAGUAAAGAACAUGAAACGAACAUCCCACAUCUGCCAAGCAAGCCUCAAGAAGAAAGAACAGAGCAAGACACGAACGCCCCACAAGAACAACACCAGGAAGAGGAAAGUAAAGAAAAUGAAACGAACAUCCCACAUCUGCCAAGCAAGCCUCAAAAACUCCAAAAACCACCGCUUCAGGAAUUCAUCGAGAACACAAAGAGAGUCAUUAAAGAUGAGACAAAUCGACCUCCCCAACUCCGGUCGCCUUUUCCAAGUACUCCCGGCGAAGGACACCCAGCUAAACAUUUGACUCUGGAUCAGAUUUACACUAAACUUGUCGUUGUUCCAGACAUAGCUAAUUAUGACUUUACUGGAGACAGACAAGAGAAACUGAAAGUCUACGCCAGAUCAAGUGAGACUAAAAACACAACACCUAGAGGGCCGGAGGACAUUCUUAACCACGAAAACAAAAACGUUUUGAUUGUUGGUCGUCCUGGAAUCGGAAAGACACUUUGCUGUACCAAACUUCUCAGAGACUGGGCAUUUAACAAAGUAUUCCAUGACUCACCUGAUGCCAAAAUUCAUUUCGACGCUACUUUCUUUAUCAAAUUCAGAGCAUUCAACGCGGCACCCGACCUUAGCCUCAGGGAACUGCUCACAUUGUCAGAACAUUCCCCCUCAAAUCACAUGGAUGAUGAAGUCUGGAAUUACAUCCUUGACAACCCCCAAAGAGUUCUCAUUAUUUUCGAUGGAAUCGAUGAAUUUAAACAUAAUUCAAAAAUCGGCGAGGAAAAUUUCGAGCCUAAAUUCAGAAACCGCGCAGACGAGAAGAUGCCCCUGUACGCCUUGUACGAGAAGCUUGCGACUGGGAAACUUCUCAACGGGGCUGCCGUUUUAACAACCACAAGACCCACGGCUUUGUCAUGCAUCGAAUGUGUUUCUUUCGAUAAAAUCUUCGAGGUCCUCGGCUUCUCGUCCGAACAAGUCAAAGAAUACGUAACCAAAUUCAGUGCUGAAGAGGACAAGGAUGCGGGAGAAACACUAUGGCGACACAUCGGCGGCAACAGGAACAUUCUCUCUCUAUGCUACAUUCCUGCGAGUUGCUUCAUCAUUUGCUCAACUCUCUUUCAAAUGGUGAAGUUCUAUGGUUCCAAGAGUCUUAGCCUACCAACGAAUCUAACAGUUAUUUACAAGAAAGCAGUGAAAAUUUUUUACUUCAGACACAACGAAGAAUUCCGCGGCAAGAAUUUCGCUAGUAAAUUCUUGGAAUCAGACAAGUUACCCCCUGAAGUGGAAAAGAAAUUCUCGAAACUUGAAAAAAUGGCAUUUCAAGGAAUUAAAGAAGGAAGGCUGGUCUUUGAAGGACACGAAGUACGCGGAAUGGAAGACAACGCUCUUUUUCACCGCUUACCCGACCGUCGGCCUGACACGUUUGAACGCGAGGAACAAUUCUGUUUCAUUCAUUUAACAAUGCAAGAGUUUUUCGCUGCGAGGCACCUAGCAAACAUGAAUGAAACAGAACUGAGGAACUUUGUUUCUACGAACAUCGCGGACGGCAAAUGGCAGCUGGUUUUUCAGUUUCUAGCAGGACUAAUGAACGAGAAAGAAAACCUACCGAGCGAAAUCAUCACAGACCUUCUUCCUGUGGAAACUGAAGAGAAAGAAAGCGUGUUGUACAACGAAGAGUGGACAGAGGAUAUGGAGCCAAGGAAAGUAACUUGUUGGCCGACUGAAGACAAAAAACAUUUAGCAGUGACAUUAUUUAAAUGCAUUAACGAAAGUAGUGAGAUGGAGGAAAUAGUUCAGAGAAAACUACAACAAAUUAACUUUAAUUUUGUAAAUUUUAAUGAUUGUCAACUCACACCUGUUGAUUGUGCUUCAGUAGUUACUGUAAUUAAGAAUGUUCAACAAAUUUCACAUUUAGAUUUGGCCGACAAUAACUUUGGUCCAUUAGGUUGUUUUGAAAUUUGUAAGUUGUUAAAAUGUAGUAAAUCUCAACUGAGCUGGUUAAACCUCGGAGGAAAUCAAUUGACAGACGAAGCAGCAAAGUAUUUAGCUGAAGCCAUCAACAACAACAACUGUCAGCUACGCACGUUAAUCCUCUGGAAAAAUAACAUCUCAGACAUUGGAGCACAGCACUUGGCUGAAGCCAUCAACAACAACAACUGUCAGCUACGCACGUUAAACCUCUCACAAAAUAACAUCUCAGACAUUGGAGCACAGCACUUGGCUGAAGCCAUCAACAACAACAACUGUCAGCUACGCACGUUAAUCCUCUCAGAAAAUAACAUCUCAGACAUUGGAGCACAGCACUUGGCUGAAGCCAUCAACAACAACAACUGUCAGCUACGCACGUUAAUCCUCACAGAAAAUAACAUCUCAGACAUUGGAGCACAGCACUUGGCUGAAGCCAUCAACAACAACAACUGUCAGCUACGCACGUUAGAUCUCUCAUUAAAUAACAUCUCAGCACAGCACUUGGCUGAAGCCAUGAAAGACAACAACUGUCAGCUACGCACGUUAGCUGAAGCCAUCAACAACAACAACUGUCAGCUACGCACGUUAGACCUCACAGAAAAUAACAUCUCAGACAUUGGAGCACAGCACUUGGCUGAAGCCAUCAACAGCAACAACUGUCAGCUACACACGUUAAUCCUCAUAGAAUAA